AUGCCUACUGCCAGUACAUUCAACAGCCUCCGCACAGCAUGCAUGCAGCCCCAUAGCUUGCAUGCCAAAGCAAGAGCCAUAAAUAACACUACUACCCCACAGGUGGUUGUUGUUGCUGCUGCUACUACUACUGGAGAUAGUGCUCGCUCACCCCUCGUUUCCGACAUUGCGCUUGCAACAGCAAACGAGACGCAGAAGGAGCAACAACAGGAUCCUGCGCUUAUCUUGGGAGUUAGGUGGACAGAGGAAGGCAGUAAAGACGCUGGAGGUGUUGUUGCCUCGCCUACCGCUAUACAGGAUGCAGCACUUCAGACACCAGCUGCGGCAGCACUGAGCGGGAGAUGGAGUGGAGGAGUGUCUGGACAGCAGGAAUGCGUAGGACACUGUUGUCUUGAUCCUGGGGUGCCACUGAAAGCCAGAGGCUACGACACCGAUGCAUGCAGUGAGCCAGCAGCAUAUCGUACAUAUGUCAACGAAAUGCCUUUUCCUAAUGGCGGAAGGCCUCUCCUUCCAGCCAUGGCUACAGCUGAGAUGCAUACAUACAUGCAUGCAUGCAUCUCAGCUACCGCAGCAACCUCAACACCACCCAGACGUCUGAGCAGCAGCAGCAACAACAACAACAAGGCCUCCAGCAGAGCCCUAAAGAUGCAGCGGGGGCAGCACAGUGUGACAGCAACAGCAACAGCAACAGCAGCAGCAGCAACAGCAGCAACAGCAGCAGCAGCAGCUAACAGGGACACCGCAGAGGCUGCCACUGCAACAACGGCAGCAUCAUCAACAGCAGCAGCAGCAGCAGCAGUUUCUGCAACAAAGCCGACAGACGAAAUAUCCACAGCAGCAAAUGCAGUGCCAGCAAUCGCUACGCCAAUGGGGGAUUCACGUUCAGCAGCAACAGCAGCAACAGAUGCAGUGGCUUCUGGGAGCCUCGACUCCGCUGCAGCAGCUGAGUCAAGUGCAGCAGAAAAGACUGCGGAGAUCGCUCUCAACAGCAGCAGCAGGAAGUUGGCUGGCUGGGGAUCUGCAGCCGCUGCAGUGCUGCGGGUGGACUUGCGAGAUGAAGUCUGCGUUAUUUGCAGCGAGUUGCUGUUGUUGCAGCAGGAAAUAGCGUCUCUUCCUACCUGCUCUCACCUCUUUUGCUUUGCAUGCCUAUACAAGUGGGCGUCCAUCAGCAGCAGGUGCCCCCUCUGUGCAGCCUCGUUCACGACCAUUGUCAGACGGCGAGUCAGCGCUCCUACUGCUGCUGCAGCUGCUGCUUCUGUUGCAGCUCCUACUGCUGCUGCAGCUCCUACUGCUGCUGCAGCUGCUAAACACCUGCAGGCUCAGAACACCCCUGCCUUAUAG